AUGGGCUCCCAAAGAAGAGAGCUCCCAGCCCAUUCAUGGGCUCCCAAAGAAGAGAGCUCCCAGCCCAUUCAUGGGCUCCCAAAGAAGAGAGCUCCCAGCCCAUUCAUGGGCUCCCAAAGAAGAGAGCUCCCAGCCCAUUCAUGGGCUCCCAAAGAAGAGAGCUCCCAGCCCAUUCAUGGGCUCCCAAAGAAGAGAGCUCCCAGCCCAUUCAUGGGCUCCCAAAGAAGAGAGCUCCCAGCCCAUUCAUGGGCUCCCAAAGAAGAGAGCUCCCAGCCCAUUCAUGGGCUCCCAAAGAAGAGAGCUCCCAGCCCAUUCAUGGGCUCCCAAAGAAGAGAGCUCCCAGCCCAUUCAUGGGCUCCCAAAGAAGAGAGCUCCCAGCCCAUUCAUGGGCUCCCAAAGAAGAGAGCUCCCAGCCCAUUCAUGGGCUCCCAAAGAAGAGAGCUCCCAGCCCAUUCAUGGGCUCCCAAAGAAGAGAGCUCCCAGCCCAUUCAUGGGCUCCCAAAGAAGAGAGCUCCCAGCCCAUUCAUGGGCUCCCAAAGAAGAGAGCUCCCAGCCCAUUCAUGGGCUCCCAAAGAAGAGAGCUCCCAGCCCAUUCAUGGGCUCCCAAAGAAGAGAGCUCCCAGCCCAUUCAUGGGCUCCCAAAGAAGAGAGCUCCCAGCCCAUUCAUGGGCUCCCAAAGAAGAGAGCUCCCAGCCCAUUCAUGGGCUCCCAAAGAAGAGAGCUCCCAGCCCAUUCAUGGGCUCCCAAAGAAGAGAGCUCCCAGCCCAUUCAUGGGCUCCCAAAGAAGAGAGCUCCCAGCCCAUUCAUGGGCUCCCAAAGAAGAGAGCUCCCAGCCCAUUCAUGGGCUCCCAAAGAAGAGAGCUCCCAGCCCAUUCAUGGGCUCCCAAAGAAGAGAGCUCCCAGCCCAUUCAUGGGCUCCCAAAGAAGAGAGCUCCCAGCCCAUUCAUGGGCUCCCAAAGAAGAGAGCUCCCAGCCCAUUCAUGGGCUCCCAAAGAAGAGAGCUCCCAGCCCAUUCAUGGGCUCCCAAAGAAGAGAGCUCCCAGCCCAUUCAUGGGCUCCCAAAGAAGAGAGCUCCCAGCCCAUUCAUGGGCUCCCAAAGAAGAGAGCUCCCAGCCCAUUCAUGGGCUCCCAAAGAAGAGAGCUCCCAGCCCAUUCAUGGGCUCCCAAAGAAGAGAGCUCCCAGCCCAUUCAUGGGCUCCCAAAGAAGAGAGCUCCCAGCCCAUUUCCUAG